AUGUCCACCCAACAACUCCCGUCUACCGCUUCUUCAUCAUCUGAAGACAAUGACAUCAAAUUCGCCUACAUCAAGAACAAAGAGUUGGAGAUUUGGGUGUCUCCGGACCAAAAAUCCACGAUUGUAAUGCCCAACAUCAGCCCAAAUAUGAUGACCCAGAAAGAACUCGAAACCUACAAAAUAAUUGAAAGUGGGCGCGGAUUCGAGAAAGGCGUUAUCGAAGAACCAGAACAGAACGUCGAGGAAAUGAGCCGAGAGAAGUACGACAAAGCUCUUCAUGCCAACAAAGAACUCGGAAAGGCCAACUUCGCUCUCAGGAAAGAACACGAAACUCUACGCCUUUUCGUGGAAACUAUGAAAAAUCAACACGAUGAAGACUGGAGAGCGAAAAAUGAAUUGAUGGAUAAGCGUGACAAGAAGCAGAAGAAGAAAAUCAAAAAGUUGGAAGAGGAAAAUAAAAAAUUGAAGGAACAGCCGAAAGAGGCAGAUCAAGACCUACCAGUUGCUGCUUCGUCAUCGACGGACAGCUCAGCACGCAGCACUCCACACCUUCCCUCACAUGUCGCCACCAGCUCAUCUCAAGUGAUCUCGCCGACGCCAAUCUCAUUCUCUCCCGAAAUCGAAGAAUAUCUUCAAAAACAUGGAGGCAACAUCCAGUUCUGCAAGAAUUUUGUGGCGUUGCCCUGCCAAGAAGUGAGAGCGGUGCCCAUGCCAAGUGAGCUGUUCAACGCCUUCAAAGGAAAGAGAACCGACAUUUGCUACGAUGAAGAGGCGCAAGGUGUCUUUCAUAGAUUUCGUGCGACUCUCAAGGAUGAGCAGAACAAGCAAUUGGCCACUGGACAGGUCACGUUGAAAGAGAAGAAGAAGAGAACGAAGCGGAUUGCAUCGUCAGCUUCUCUGUUCACCAAGCAGAACGCGGGUGUGCCACAAUGUCCGGAAGUUGCGGAAAGAAAACCAAAACCUGAAGUGGAUACUGAAGCUAUGGCUCUCAUCCAAGCGCAGAAUUCCGUCUCCGGAAAUCUUCUCGGCGUUGGAAACCGAGGAGCUUCAGUGACAAGCGAUCAGGGAGUUGCAGUCGACCAGCAGCCGUCGAAUGUGAAUGCGGCUCCUCCUGCUCCAGCAAUCAACCAAAUGCUUCCUCAACCAGCCCCAAACGCAGCUUCAGUAGCUGAUGGUAUGCUAUCAUUUCUGAGAGCAUACGAAAACAUGCAGGCUGAAAAUGUACAACUGAAAGGAGGAUUGGAAGAAGCACGGAAUGUGGAAGAACAAUUGAAGGAAGCAUGGAAUACACAGGAAGACACUAUCAAAACUCUCAAGAAAAGAUUGGAGGAAGAAAGGGAGAAGGCUGAAAAGGAAAAGGAAGACUUGAAAAAUAAAAUGUGCGUCGACUUCGAGAAAAAAAUGGAAGCCAGAGUGAAGGUAGUGGAAAACCAGAAAAAUUCCGAAAUCUCGAUGCUCAAGAAUGAUCUGGACUUGGCAAAAAACGAAUCCAUCAAAGCCAAAGAGCUCAAAAUCGAGACUGAAAGGAAGUUCGAGGAGUUGGAAAGCGACUUAAAGAUCACUAAAAAUGAACUCGCAGCUGAGAAAGAAGAUAAGGCUAGCUCCCGUGGAGCGAUUAUUGAUCUGGAAGAUCGAAUUAAGCUACAACGAGAAAAAGCUAACGAGAAAAUGAAGAAUCAGCAAGAUGCAGUCAAAAAUCUCAUCACGAAGUCGGCGACGGAAAAGCGGAUUUUCAGUGAGAAAGAAGCUGGAUGGAGCACGAAAAAGGCUGAAAUGGAAGCCGAGAUCAUAAAGAAAUCUUCAGAAAUUUCGGAGCUGUCUGGAAAACUGGAGAAAAUGAGAGCUGAACUUCAAGAUCUGAAAAAUGAGAGUGAGGCCAUCAAUCCUGCAACGAAAAAGAUUUUGAAGUUCAUGGCCGAGAACAACUUUGCCAUAACUGAAGUUGGCGAUUCGGGAAAUCGUGUGCCAGGACAUCAAGAAGUGGAAAAAGAAGAAGAAGAAGUGGCGGAUUCAUCUCAUAAGAAGGACUCUAUCAAGAGAAGCAAUAAGGAGGACGAGCCAGGACCGAGCGAGAAGAAACAAAAGCUCUGA